AUGAACCACAAAAGGAGUACAAUCUGGAACCACUUCUCAAUUAAGUCAGAUACUCAAGCUAAAUGUAGCUAUCGUAUGCAGGUUAUAAAGUACACAGGUGGAUAUACAGGUAAUCUUUUAAGGCAUUUAAAAUCCAAACAUGUUACUAUAAAACUAACAAGAAAUAGUUUAAAUAACAUAGAACAAUCGGUUAAUCAAAUAGAGGCUAGCGUAGAUAAUCCUAAUGAAAUUGCAGAACCUGUAGAUAUAAUGCAAUCAACUUCGUCAUCGAUCCGUAUAGCUCCAUCCACUUUGUCAUCAAUCUGUAUAGCUCCAUCCACUUCGUCCAGACAAGGAAAUUUAACUAACUUUAUAACAAAACCACUAUCUAUAUCCAAAUCAAAAGCUAUUGAUCAGCAAAUUACAAAAUUUAUAGUUAAGCAUUACCAUCCAUUUUCUUUAGUUGAAGAAACUGAAUUUCGCAAUUUUAUUCGCAUGCUUGCUCCAAAUUAUUCGAUACCGUCUAGAAAAACAGUCUCUAAUAAUUUACUUUUACAAGUGUAUAAUGAUACCUUUCAAAAAGUUUCAAAGGAUGUACAGGAUGCUUCUUCGGUAGCAUUGACUACCGAUGGUUGGACAUCAAUAAAUAAUACAAGUUUCAUAGCUAUAACAGCACAUUUUAUUAACUCAGAAACAAAAUUUAUGUUCUCGUAUCUUAGAAGCUCCAGCGCUCUUUUAAAACUUGAAAGUGUACAUAAACAAACAGGAGUAGAACAUUUAAAACUUAUACAAGAGUGUAAGACACGUUGGAACUCUGCAUACCACAUGAUGUCUAGAAUAUUAAAAAUUAAGGAAUCAGUGCUCUCUACUUUGGCAAUCAUGAAUAAUGAUUUAAAUUGCAUAAAUAAUCAAGAAUGGGAACUAAUUGAUUCAGCAUGUAAUUUACUUGAAGUUGAAAAGCUUAUUUUUGUGCAAGCUAAUUUCUAA